CUUGAAGUUAGCUGUUGCUGACAACUGCAAUAAAUUAUAAACCCCAUGUGAGUUUGCUCUUUUUUCCAACUGCCGCUCUUCCCCUGGGUCCCACUCCACCCCCUUUCUUCUUCUUUCUCUUUUUUUUCUUCCCAAAAUCGAAACUCCACAAAGAAUUGAUUUUUGUUUUUGUUUUGGGCCAGUUCUAAAUGGACCCGAAGUUCAGCGGAAAGCCUAUACCCAUCCCGUUUCUAGCGGGUCGGACCGACCUUGACCAGAUGCCGGAUACUCCGACCCGUAUAGCACGUCAUCGGCGGGCCCAAUCGGAGACUUUCUUCCGGUUCCCGGACUUCGACGAUGAUAUCCUCUUAGACGACGUCGUAGCCGACUUUAAUCUGGAUAUUUCAGCGCCGUCGCUCUCCCCUUCUGCUGAUACUCAUAUGCAACCGGCCAAUUCUGCUGACUCGUCGUCGACCGGUGGACCGGCCUUAAUGUCCGGACCGGGCGCUAAUAAUAACCCUAGACCAUUGAAUCAUUUUCGGAGUUUAUCAGUUGACGCCGACUUUUUUGAUGGUUUGGAGUUUGGAGCGACUACGCCGGGAGCGGCGGAGGAGGAGGAGAAAAAGGUGUUCGGUUCAGGUUCGGGUUCGGUUUCUGGUUCGGGUACUCGACACAGGCAUAGCAAUUCGAUGGAUGGGUCAUUUUCAACGGCGUCGUUUGAGGCGGAGUGUAGCAGCUCCGUUAAGAAAGCUAUGGCUCCUGAUCGCCUUGCUGAGUUGGCUUUGAUUGAUCCCAAGAGAGCCAAAAGGAUUCUUGCAAACAGACAAUCUGCUGCACGUUCAAAGGAGCGAAAAAUUCGUUACACUAGUGAACUGGAGAGGAAGGUACAGACUCUGCAGACUGAAGCUACUACUCUAUCUGCCCAAAUCACGGUCCUGCAGAGAGACAAUAGUGGAUUGACUACUGAGAACAAAGAGCUCAAACUACGGUUGCAAGCUUUGGAACAACAAGCACAUCUUAGAGAUGCUCUGAACGAGGCUUUGAGGGAAGAACUGCAGCGGCUUAAGAUAGCAGCUGGCCAAAUUCCAGGUGCCAAUGGAAACAGGGGGCCACGUCCGCAUUUCCCUCCCCCGCCACAGUCAUUUGUCCAAUGUGGUAGUCACCAUGCGCAACAGCAGCAGCAGCACAUGCCGCAUUCUACCACAAGUACCCAGAAUAUCGGUGGGCAGACCCAAUCUAGCUUCAUGAACUUCAAUAACAGGGGUUGAAAAUGUCAAAAGGGAACAUCAUAAAUAAGUAAUUAGCAUAGAGCUUUGUAUAUAUUGAUAUGUAAUGGAUAGUGUUACAGGCUGUGAGUGCAUGCUGCUCAGAUCAUUUGUACCAUUAUCAAUACUAGUUACUUUAAUGCUAUAGGAGAAACUUGUUUCAUAAACAGCAGCUAGAUAUUGUUCAACAUCUUUUAUGUGAUGACUAUCAUAACUUAUUAUUUGUGAGGU